UCUCCUAAAAAUAUGGAGAGAAUUUCCAUUGUCACACGGCAAACUUCCAAGUCAUUGUAUGAAACUGAUGAUGUUUUGCAGUUGCAAUGCAUCGGAGAAGUCGAAAGUAUUAAUGCAAUGCCAAGUAAGGAUAUCCGUUGGUGCCGGAAAGAAAAAGGAAAAUUUAAGUUUAUUUCAUUUCAAGAUCCUCCUCUCACAGACGUAGUUGAAAGAAGUAAAGAUGGGUGUACUGUUGUUCAAAACUCAUUCUUAUUUUAUCAUGUCUCGCAAAAUGACACUGCCCUAGAGAUAAUGUGUGAGUCGGGUUGGGGUUAUGCCUGUGGAAUACACGGCAUCAAUGCGACACUGAACAUACCAACCAAAGACACCAAACCAGAUGAAUGGAAAAUGUGGCCAAUUCUUAUUCAUGACAAAAAGUCUUUGCUCAACCCGGAACACAUAAUAUUAGAUGGACUUGGAAAAACCAUCCAUUUGCAAUGCACAGCGUCUGCUCAUUCCAAUAAUUCAUCAUUGGUGAGAUAUAUAAAUUGGUGUUUUAAAAAGGAAGAAAAAGCAAAAUGGACACAAGUUAUUCUACAGGAAUCAGAAGAGAAUGCCUCGUCAAACUCUGGCGGAAAAAUAACAUACUUUAGUAAAAUACAAUAUCAUGUCACAGUAUUUGAUAGUGAUGUCCACUUUCUGUGUGAAAUUUCAAAAUCGCAAACAUGCGGUACAGGUUUUACAUUUGUUCAAACAAUAGUCCAUGUAGAUAAAAGAAAAGGUAAUAUUUGCAGAUAAAGAAUAUUUCUAGUCACUUUAAUUUUUUGAUUCUUGUUCAUCAUUUUCAUUUAU